AUGGCAUUCAUAUCCUCGGAUCCGUACUUCUACGACAAUGAGAUUGACCGCAUGCUGGCGGAGAUGCGUGCGCGACGGCAGCAGCAGAAGCACUUGAGUAAACAGCGACAAAAGCCCGCUGAGCAGAGGUUACAGGCGAGGCGAGGCGCCCCGGCAGACCUCUUUACUUCGCUGCUGGAGCGACAGCAGUCCAUGGAGGCGGCUGGGCGACGUGCCUGUUCACCGCCGAAGUCCUCCCUCUUGGCAGAAGCCGAGGAAGGGGGACCUUUGCCACGCCACAACGUCGUCGCCUGCACCCAUCCACGGCUUCAAGAAGAGGAAAAGGGGGAGACACGAAGCCAUCCAAGCGCUGACAUCUCCAACGACGAGUCAUCAACAGAAUUUUUGCGGCGUGAACUUCGUCUCGCGCGGAACGAGAAUGCGCUUCUGCGAAGGGAGAUGUACAGAACGCUCACUACCAUAGGCCGCUAUCUCGCCAAAUUAGACGGCAAAGAGAGUGUUCGCCCUGCACUUGACUUAGACAGUGGUAUGGCCGAAGGCACGGCGGGGGGCAGUGAGCAUGACUCCCCCCUCUCCCCUCUCCCCCCCGCAACAAGUGUGUGGGAGCUGUGCGAUCGUGGGGAGCUCCCACUCAGUUCCGAGGAGGCGGCGGUGGUGCGCGACCUCAACGGCGUCAUUGCAUCCUCGCUGCAGCGUUACGCCAGCCUGGAGAAGAAGUUCUCCUCGCAGGGCUCUCACAUUCUGCAGCUGGAAGGGAAACAACGCCGCGAAGAGCCCGAGCGCUACAAGGGCAUUGAGGAAGAUGCGCCAAACGGACGAACACGGUGA